AUGGAAAACGAAAUAGAAAUUGAUGAAAAGCCAUUCAUCAAGGAAAACUUCUGCACUUUUCAAGCGUCCAAUGACUUUCUAGAAUCAGUGACUCCACUGGCUCAUGAAUGCUUUGAUGAUGACAAUGGCAAUGAUGCUCAUGACAAGAAUGAUAAUUAUUAUGAAAAUGAAAAAAAGUUUAGCAUGGAAAACGAAAUAGAAAUUGAUGAAAAGCCAUUGAUCAAGGAAAACUUCUGCACUUUUCAAGAGUCCAAUGACUCUCUGGAAUCAGUGACUCCAAUGGAUGACAAUAAUAAUGGUAUUGGUUCCAUUUCGAAAGCAGAGAGCAGCUCAAGUCAUGAUGACUCUUCUGAUUACAAUAUUGAGGAAAGACCAUCUUUGGCAAGCUUGAGAGAGUUCCGUAGCAGAGAGCAGGAUAGCAUCAGUGUUGAUAAUUCUGACACGAUGCAAACUUACACAUGUGGCAAGUGCAAAUUUGUGGGUCAAUCAAGGAAACAGCUGCAAACGCAUUCCAAGAUUCAUAAUGGAAGGGAACAUAUUUGUGAAUUUUGUCAAUAUGCGACAUCAAAUAGGAAUACACUUGAAAAACAUUACCGGAUUCAUACUGGUGAAAAGCCUUUUAAAUGUGAAAUCUGCGAUUACAAGUGUGCUGUAAAACAUAAAUUGAAAAUUCAUCAUAGAAAGCAUACUGGAGAAAAGCCAUAUUCCUGUACCAUUUGCGACUCCAAGUUCUUUGAUUCUAGUACUUUGACUAAACAUACAAGAAUCCACACGGGCGAAAAGCCUUAUAGUUGUAAAAUAUGUAGUUUUAAAUUUUCUCGAUCUGACCACAUAACUGACCAUAUGAGAAUCCAUCAUAAAGAUAUUUAUAGAGAGAUGCCUAGAGAAAUUGUUAGAGUUAAACGUUUCCACUGUACAGAGUGUAGUUACAAAACCUGCGAUUCUAGAAAUUUUUCAAGACAUAAAAACAGUCACUCUGGUAUGGAACAUUUUUUAUGUGAUAUUUGUGGUCACACAUAUUCUACAUCUUGGAGUUUAAGCCGUCAUAAGAAAACCAAACAUGUCAAAUGACAAGCUUGUUUCAAAUCACUUUUUGCUAUUAUAGUGAGGUCCACGUUAUAAUAACAGUAUUUGAUCGACUUUGGUUUUGCUAUCCUUGUCUAUCAUUCGACAAAGCCGGUGGUACUAUCCUUUUCUAGGUCCACAACGAUGCCAAUUAUGUUUUUGCCAGUGUAGAUAUAUAAUUAAUUAAUGCAGAGAAUCGGCAUCACUUUUUGGGAAGAAGUGUUCCAAACAGCAGAGAUAGAACUAACAAAAAUCACUAGUUGGUUAAGAAAUAAUUUAUUGUCAUUAAAUUCAGAAAAAACAAAAUGUUUAGCUUUUUCUUUAACAAAUAGCACAAAACCACACAUGAAAACAAUGAAGCUUCAUAAUUGUGAUAGAAAUAGUAACAAUAAUUGUAAUUGCCCACUAAUAGAACGCUCUGACAAUAUAAAGUAUUUAGGAAUAAUAGUAGAUGAUUCAUUGAAAUGGAACAAGCAC